CACACACUUCAAUCGAAGAUGCUGCGACGCCGAGUGCGGACGGAGCUGCUGCUACGAGGCCGCAGGGCGACGUCCAGCACUUCGAGACGGCUGGAUCUGGAUGAGAUCUUGGGCAAGAGGCUUCGUGCGACGGCCAAGGAGCUGUCGGUGGAGGUGCUACCGGCGCUCAAGGUGCUGUCCGAGAGCCUGGGGUUGCUACGUCAGAGUCCUGCCUUCAAGAACUGGAGCGCAGCUGAUUGGCUGGUUGGACUAUCCGUCUUAGCUCAGUACAAGACACAGCAGCGUGCCGGCGGAAUCCAUAAUGAUGCUCAUAAGAAGCCACUAGUGAUGGACAAGGUACUGUGUUAACGAAACGUUGGUUUAACUUUACUUGUAUAAGAAUGGUGCAAUCCUCGCAGGUGCUGCUAUCCAAGCUCCUGCGAUACGUGCGCGUGUGCGACGCCGUAUACGCGUCCUCGAUCGCUUCGUUCUGUAAAGAGGCUAGUGUGCCACGGGAUAGAGUACUACGAGCGCACCCGGGCGGCGUCGUGUCUCCUAGGUGCAUCAUCUUGGCGGACCACGAGCAUCAGGAGCUCGUGUUGGUGGUACGCGGUACCGCAUCGUUAUUGGAUUUCUGCACGGAUCUGUGUCUACAGAAUGAGCCGUUCCUAGAUGGUCAGGGCCAUCGCGGUAUGGUGCAUGCGACGACGUGGCUGGUGCGUCACCUGCGCGGCGACCUGCAGAAGCUGUCGGAAAGGUAUCCGGACUACAAGUUGGUGGCGACGGGCCACAGUCUAGGAGCGGCGGUCGCAGCAAUGAGUGCCAUGCAGCUAAAAGAAGAUUUCCCGGAUAUUCAGUGCUACGCUUUCGGUACUCCGGCGUGUUUGACGCGAGAGUUGGCAACGGGCAGCUAUGAUCUCGUGACCACGGUUGUGAACGGCUACGAUUGCGUGCCUCGGCUGCACCAGCACUCGCUUCUAAAGCUGCAAGACGAGAUUAGUCGCUUUGACUGGCGAACAGCGUUGAGACACAUGGUGUCGGAGGAAAUUCGAAAGCAGAAAAUUGCUGUGGAAAAGCAGCAGCGUGCUAAGUUAGAAGAACUUCAAACAGCGCUACGGAAGAUGGACCAUUUACACUUGAAGCAGCGGACAAGCGAAGCUACGGCCAAGUUGGAUGAGGUGAAAAAGCUUGCUUCCAAUAACAUUAAGGAAUUCGCUAGCGAUGUGGAUUCGCUUCUAGCGGACAAACUGGACGCCGCUUUCUCUGUUUUCAAGACGGACAAACUGUCGUUGGAACAUGUUUCGUUUAUUAAGAACCUUUUGAACCUUGAAGACGUCAAGAAAGGUGAUUCUUUUUGGUGGAAGCGCAUGGAUGAGAGCGUUGUUGCUCUUGAGCGGCUGUCAGCUGCUGUCAACAAGCCUGAGGAGCUCGAGCGUGUACUGGUGGAACUGAAGGAGGUUCUGCACAAGACAUCUGAAAGUACGAAGAGGUUACUCAAAAGUGACGAUGAUCCUGGUGAGUUUACUUUUUACAUGUGCGUCAGGAGAAGAUGCCUAACUCCUGUUUUGGUUAUUGGAGAUGCCACAGAAUCCUCCCAGCUGCAGCUGUUUCGCUCUCGAAUCGACGAUAUCGUCGACAAGACACGCGCAUCGCUUAAAUCACGGAUUAGUGAGCAAGUGUACGGAUCUUCACCAUAUUAUGUUCCUGCGAAGACAUUGUCCGUGGAUUAACCGGUAGUUAUGUCUUCGCAGGUCAAAGGUGUCCACCGCUGUCACUUCUAAUGUGAAAAACUAUGUCGACACGAUAAAGGAAGAGACCGAAGCUUUAAGCUCCAUUGUGCAGGAAGAACUGGACGAUGUUGCGGGGAAGAUUUCACAGAACUUGCCGUUUCUGAUGGGGGUGAACUGUGAAAACGAAUCGAGCACUGAGAAGUCCACCCAUGCAGCUAUCCUGGAAGAGAAAGACAAGAACGACAGCUUCGGUGAGGUUUUUGCAGACACCGAUCCUUCAGAGCGAUUUGAGCCGGAAUCGAGUCAAGAGACUGAGCAGGAAUGGGAGCAGCUCAAUCAGGACCAAGAGCAAUCGGAGGACGAUAAUAUGCUGCUUCACGAUCCACUGUUUCCCCCUGGACGCAUUCUCUACCUCAAUCGUGUGAUCGCUCCGGGGCCGUCACUAGAAACCGACGACGACGUGAGUAUCAAGACUUUAGGCAAUAGCCACAAAGUACCAGAUGUGGUGGAGUUCGUGGAGGUCGCAACGGACGAGUUUGGUCGAGUCGUGCUCUCGAAUCGCAUGCUGCUUGAUCACCUCUGCACAGACUACGAACGAGUUCUCCAAUCACAGGCGAAGAUGCUGGAGCGCACACCCUAGACUUCAAACUACCAUAGACAUAUAUCCAUUACACAAACAAAAAUCUACCUAAGGUGAGUCCCCAGCACGUUGAGACGCUUCUCGUUCCCCAGUAGGCGACAGCGGUGGCAGACUCACGCGCACUUCGCGAGCUGCACACGUGAGGAAGUUGAGCAUGGCUGCACUGCGACUGAUAGCGGAAUGCAUGAUCGCGGCCUGUAGGAACAUAUUCAAGGCUUCUUGUCGAUACUUCGCCACUGGUGCUCGUGUGCUCGGAAGAAAAGUCCGUGGAGGGAGAGGUGGAAGGCCUUCCAAGACGUAUCCUGCGCUCUCCAGCGUUGCACACAACUCGCGGAAUUCACUAAACCGACGGAACACUGUCCAUUGGUAUGGCCCACCGUACACUUGGAUCUGGAAGACGCUGAACGAUAGCAGUUUAUCGAUCGCUCGGUUCGGUACAUUGGCGUGAGCAUCUUUGUUCUGUAGAUGGCAGACUUCAACACGCACGGAGCGUAGAGGUUGAGACCGCAGAUCAUCGUUCGAGAGGCCAGAGACUGUCGUAUCCUGCACGCUUUCCAUCAGCACAUGCAGGUCUGUACGGUCUUCGUCGUUGUUCAUCAGGCCUGCUGCUCCGCUUCCGAAGCGUCCACCACCAAUGAUCCGAGACUCCUCUUGACUCUUUUCCAGAUUCAGAAGCAAGUACCGAGUGGCGGAAACGUCUACACGUGCUGAGUCCACCGCUACUCGGAAGUUGGUCGCCGCUACUUCAUUGUCGCAUUCGAUAUUGUACGACCGAGAUGGAGAUGUGGUCUGACCGAUUUUGAGGGUAGCACCUUCCACGACGACCUCCAACGUCGAGUCAAGAGCCACCUCCCACAAUUUUUGACCAGUUUUGCCGCUCAAACAUAUUAGUCGCUUGUCUGUCAGCAACAGCAAUCCACGGUGUGGCUCGAUACCGUAGUCCACAUGAUACACGUAGCUGUACAAUUACAUUCAAUUAGCAAGGCUGCCAGGUAUGGAACGAUUCCGUUGGUACGUACUCAUCUGUGGCAUCCAGCGACGUCAGCAGCAACACCGCAUAGCCUCGAGCUUCUCGAUCCGAGUAGGACACUAGAACACCGUCCGAGCUGUGAGGAAAAAUAAGCUAUAUGAUCAGCUACAGAAAUGGAAUCAGCCAAUCUCAUAUACACGUACCAGAUUCGCCGAGGUAGCCUGAAGCGUGUGACUGUGUCAAACGCGUUGCGAUCUGUGCCAUCCAAAGAUUCCGCGCUUGUUUUCGCUCCUCGCGAAAGACUCGUAAGCAAGUCCAAGAAUCCAGCUGUGGGUUUCACAAUUAGCCCCGCGACGCCCUUACCGAUACCCACGACAAAUCCACCAGCGCCAUCUUGUUCUGCACCACGCACUGGAGCAGCCACAACGCCCUUGAUACCAUCCCAAACACCCCCAACAAGUCCCUUACUACCUUCUGCAAUUGCAUCACCCAAGUCGUUGAUCUUUUUUAUCUGUCGGGUAGAGGCACGCUGUCUCUGAACGUUAUACUGUUCAUCCAUAGCCAACAACGCGAUACCCUUCCCAAGCGUCUCUGUAAUCUUGCCAGUCGUGUGAAAGAUGCCCACCGCUGUGUUCCUCAACAAACUUUUGGAGCCCUUGGUCAUGCCAGUUCGCAAAUUGUCGAUACGCAGACCAUUUUCAUCCUCCAGCAGCAUCUGAGCCGGUGUAUAGAAGAAGUCUUUAACUCCGGUACCCAGGGUGCUCACUAGACCAAUCGGGUUCCCCAGGAAAUCGACAGAGCCCAUAAUACUGUACCAGCUGCGCAAACCGUGGUGCAGAUAGUGCUGCAUGGCAUAGAAUGCGAGCGUGUGCGUUGUUUCGAGCAGGUUUUCCACGUAAAACUCCGGUAUUCGAAUAGGUGCUUGGUCUAGAUUGGAUACCAGCGCUGCUGCUGCGCUGAUGAGCGUGCUUAGAACAGACGACAUGUCCGGAGACAACUACAAGAACAAAGUACAAGGGAUUAGUGGCAAGAUAAUCGAAGAAAAAAAAAGAAUAAUCAAACCACGUACCAGUGACAGCAGCAACGACCGGUCUGCCG